ACACUGACAACAUCAUCCCGCCUGUCCAUUCACGCCGAUACGAUGCUGGAGAUGUUUUCCCAGCCCUAAUAUGUCACGAUGAUGUUGCUUUACGACUGAGACGUUCCGAAGAUACCCACCAUGGCCUCCUUAUGGUCGAAACCAGCCCACGGUGGCCCAAGCAAAUCCAAGGGCGAUGCCGAUGUAGCAGACACUGGCCUUGCAGAUGUUGGCCUUCCUGCCCCUCAACCGCUGACCAGUAUUCCAAUGGGGCGACCACAGCUCCAGCGGAACCAGCCUCAGCCUCCCCCGCCCCAUCAACCGCCCCCUCCUCCAUCUCCGCAACAGGUCGGCAAUCCAACGGAUUCGCUCUCGUUGGUGCAGCUCCGGCGCAUCGUUACUGAGUUUCCCAAAGUGGAUCCCACAUCAUACGCGUUUACGUAUGCAGAUACAGCGCCAUUUGAGGAAGAGGUGGACGAAUGGUUCUCGUACAAUGAGGCCGAAUUCAGGCGCUUGCACAGAGCAAAGGACACUUUUGAGAGGCGAUGGAAUAAAUUCGCGGGGAAGCCGUGGCUGGAGGCGGACCAAGAGGAACGGGAGCAGUUUGUCAAACAAGAAAGCAAUGGGUUGCUGGCAACAGACCUUCGAAGGCGGUGCAAGAGUCUGCAGACCAUAUUACACAUCAUUCUGGGGGUUUGGAACGAGACUGCUGGAAAACCGGAAGAGCAUGGAGAAUGGAAGGGCAAAGGGAAGGCCGUUGAAAAAGAGUCCCAUGGAAAACCAGGGGAUGAUGGAGCACCGAGACCCAAAACGAGAGCUACAAAAUCUCAGCUUGACCACAUGAAAGCUGGCAUACUGCUCGUUGCGGAGGCAGAUGGCAUACGACAUCUGUUCCAGGUCAUGCAGGACUCCUUUAAGCGCCUUUGGGACGAUGAAUUUCGAGAAACACAAUUGCUGGAAGAAGACAUUCCAUUUAUCCAGGAUGAACUUGAUAAUGUUACUACGAUAAUGUAUUUGGUGAUUGAAGGUAUUCGAAAUGACCCAGAAUCUCUCAAAUAUGCGAAGACAAAAAUAUUACAAUUAAACCCGAGGAUUGUAGAUUACCUGAUUACAAUUACUGCACGGCUACGAUGGGACGAAGCAAAUGAACUCCCCCAAACAAGAAUCUUCCUCCUUUUCUGGAAAUCCAUUUUACUCGUCUUUGGAGGGACAGCCGAAGUCAACAAGAUCAAAAAGGCCACUGACGAAUUGACAAACUUCAAUGGUGAUGGCGGUAAAUUAAUUACAGCCUCACCUCUCGAUUAUCAUAUAUUCCGCCAGGAAAUUACGUCCAAGUAUCCCGCUUAUACCCCACCGCCACCUUUACUUCCCCUCGAACCAGACAACAACUCCAUUCUCCCACCUCUCCCAAACCGACCGAGUAGGGCCAAUGGAUCCAAUGGCAUCAUACCUCCCCCAAUGAAUGUCAACAGUAGUGGAGCUUCUAUCCUUCACCAGCCCGUUCAUAUUGCGACACCGGCCCCCUCACCACCUCCAUCGCCCCCUGUGGGUGGAAAGGCUGGAAAGAAGCAAAACUAUCAAACAAACCAGAAUUUUCCUUUUAUGUACCCUCCGCUGGACAGCACUAGUAACAGUGCUGGUGGCAAGGGAAAGGCUGGAUUGCAAGAACAACUGGUCGGUCGCAAAUGGGAUGGAAGCGACAUCCCAACAUCGAUCUUGGAGGCCGGGGAGUUGUUUGCGAAACGAAUGCGCAUGACACGAGCCAUGCGACAGUUAUGGGAUGAGCGCGAGAGGUUUCUGAAAUUCGAGCGAGGAUGGGAUGACGACCACGACGACGAUAUAGAAGAGCUGGACUUAGACGAUCUUUUGGCAAAGAAGCUCACCACUGAUGAACCGAAACCCCCGGCACGUCAUGUUGAUUAUGGGCCCAAUCUGGACGUCGAUCCUGAAGUCAAGGCGAAGCUGGACAUUGUUGAAGAUUUCUAUAGAGAAGCGUUACCCCAUCUCCAGUCCCUGGUCAUAGUUUUACUGAAAGCAAUAUUGGCCAAUGUCACUGCCCUCAUCACCCAACCAUUAGGUCAGGCCCAAGGAGGCUCUGGGCCUAGCUACAGACAAGAGACCAACGUUCGCGCCAAUGGCGUGGGCCAAGGGCAGAAUAAACAACAAGAUCCUGCCAAUAUUCCUCUUCCUAAUUCUAUCGAUCCUGCAGAAUUGCCCGUUGAUGAGAUUGAGGCGAUGAGGUCCCGGGAGAUCACCGCCAAGGCCGUAUCUGGAAUUCUCCUCAUCCUCUUGAAAUGGUUCAAAGUUUCACACAUCUUGAAAUUCGAGUAUUUCACUCAACUUCUCCUCGAUUCGAAUUACCUCCCGUUAGUACUGAAACUGUUCGCCCACCAAGAGAUCGACAAGGUCGUAGAUAGUAAAACGGAUCGCGAUGACAUGAGCUUCUUCGCGUUCUGCAACGCAAAUAGCAAGUAUGCACCACACGAUCUUGAACCAGAAGGAAGCGAAGAAGAUGAAGCCGCUCCACCACCCAUCAAACUCCGCCGCGAACCUCCCCCUGCUGUCCCCGACAACGAGGGUAAGCUGCCAGCUCUUGCCUUCAAAGAAGGAAAAACAGAAGGACGACGGCCCAUCCCUCAAGUUGACGAGCUAGGGCAUCCCAUCACUGAACUACCACCCGAGCCUAUUACGGAGUUCUCGUGGCGGAAUUUCGCCUCCUGCAUCAAUUUCUUGCGUGUUAUGCAAAAAAUAUGCAAGAACAAAGCCCAUCGGAAUUUACUUCUGGUUCAAUACAAAAGCUCCAACAUUUUGAAAAAGAGUCUCAAGAUUCCGCAGCCGGAACUGAGACUCUACACUCUCAAGCUUUUCAAGAACCAAGUCCCGUACUGCGGCCGUAAAUGGCGGCAGGGCCACAUGCGCGUCAUCACCGCAGUCUACCUCCAUUGCAGACCAGAAUUAAGAGACGAUUGGUUAGCGGGCAGUGAUAUUGAUGCGGAGGUAGAAGAAGCUCUCCCGUUGGAACAGGCACUGCGAGCCCUUACGCAUUGGCAUAACAUUAAACGAUACCGGGAUAAGAUGGGUGCCGAUACGAAAUUACUGACGGAGGAACAUGAUUUCUUCGUGAGGGAGUUAGAAAAGAUGGAGUGGGUUGAUGAUGGCUUUGGCGGUCUGGAUGGGGAAUCUGUGGAUGGGAGUGCAUGGGAGGGGAUGGGGAAUGGUUGGUAGGGUGAGGAUUCCAAUUUAGCUUUCCAAUAUGAGCGACGGGAACCUACCAUUGUCCACUUCUUGGGUAUUGACUCCUUGCAUCACAUUACAAGAAAUCCGUGGUGAUCCUGUAUAGAUCAGAUAGAUUAGAUAGAGAUCCAUGCAGGAGUUUGUGCUUAGUC